GGUUUUGCAAAAUCACUUUCUUUCACAUUAAACGUUACCGAAUUCAAAAAGAAGUCAUGAAAUCAAGCGGUAAAGAUUUAGAUUCAGGAGAUACUUUACUAGCUGAAAAGCAACUCAAAUUUGGAGCACACAUAACAUUCCAACAUAUAUGUACUGUCCUUGAAGAUGCCCUAGAUAAACUGGCUGUUUUGGGUAUUAUACCAUAUGCUCAGGAAGGUUUGGCGGAAGCUCUCGUAAAGGAAGAUAUUGAGGCUGAACUAAAGAAUCUUGAAAAGGAGACAGAGGAAGAGAAGAAACAAAUAUUUCGAAUGCAAAACAUUCUAAAAGAAUGUGUGACAUUACAAAGAGCUCGCAAAAGAUUACAUAACCGUAUCAAAGAUCGAUCUUUUGACUAUCACUUUCAGCUAAUAUCUGCUCGUCUUAUCCAAGAACAAUUGCUUUUCCCAAAUUAUUUAGUGAAAGUAGAAAAAGACCGAAUUUUUUUGAAUAAAAUCAUUGAAAAUACAAGAGACGAAAUUAUAAGUAAAUGCACAUAUAAUCACUUGGUACAGGCCAUUGAUAACACCAAUGCCGUUAAUGCAGAACGUGAAAAAUGUCUUGGAGAGUGCAUCGAGACGGAGAAACGACUUCUCCAAGUUUCACGUCAAUGUCUGAAAGUAAAACAACAACUGAAACUGGAAAUUCAGGAUUUAGACGAUAUUAUUGAGUAUAUGAAGGUGAAACGCCAGAAAAGAAAGUAUGACAACUCCUUGGCUUCAAGGUAUACAACGAAACACACCGCCCUUCAAGUAGAACAAAAAAUGAACGUCAUAAAAAACUCCUUUUCCGAUUUGCAAGCAGAACUUGAGCAAGUGAGAGAAAAAAUGAGACUAGAAAAUAGUGCCACGAAAACUAUUACAGGAUUCUUGAAAAAAUCGCAGAGUAAACAUGAAGAAAUGCUGGAAUAUUGGAUGGAUCGAUAUGAACAAGAUGUUGAAGUAAUUACGAAAAAGCUAGAACAACUAAAGCACUCUCGGAGUCAAACUUGGGAACAAGCAUUGAAUAUGUUGCGAAAUUAUAACCAAUAUGAAACUAUCGUGAACGAUUACAAGCGGCAAGAGGAGGAAGAAAAUGUGACUAAAGACUAUGAAUUUAGUAUUCUUCGAUCUGCCAUCCAAAUUCAGUCAUGGUGGCGAUUAAUAAUGGUUCUGAAGCGACUUGGCCCUUUCAGGAAGAGAAGAGACAAGAAAAAGAAAAGUUCAAAGUAAAUUGUAGCUUGGAACGUUUUUUCAACACAAUGUUUGUGUAUUUAAUACAUUAAAGGAUUUUACUUUACUUAUUAUCACAAACAGUAAAUUAAUUAUCUUGAAAUUAAUUACAUAAAAGAAGAAGAAAGUUGGGUUGACACCUCUUGCAAACCAGAACGUAUUUAAUGUGCAGACCUCUCAGACUAUCAAACACUUCUUUUCGCUUUUUAUCAAAAGUACCUUUUGAUUGAUGAACUCUACGGACAUAUUCACGUGUGUUGUUUAUAAAUGUAUAUAGUUUUUACUUUAGUUCCAAAUAAAGGUUUUCAAGUUCUACAUGACCAUAUAUGCAAGGACGAAA